CGAAAGAGGGACACGCCGCGUCGUGUUGGCCGCGCCACAACAAACAAAUUAAUCUUGAUGUAACCACCGAGAACAGAACGCUUCUAUCACCAUGUCUGGUAUCAGUCCGGCGAGCUGUUGGGCCACCCACAAACGGCUCGAGUCCUGGGCCAGGGCGGCCAAGCAAAGGGCGCUGGGCCAUCAUUCAUCCAAGGACUCGUCCAGGGCUGACAGUACGGCUAGUACUGGGAGCAUCAACAGUAUUGAGGAUUUCAACAUCGAAAAAGAACUGCUAACAGGCGGUGGGAGUACCAGCAGCGGCGCGAUAGGCAGCAGCGGUAGCAGGCACUCAACCCCCAACUCCUCUGCUCAAUCUCUGACUGCGGAACUCCUUCGUGCUCCAUUGGACAUCGCCCCAUCUACAGGAAACAAUGCGUCUGCUUCACCACCCCCACUACAGCAUCAAUCCAGGUCGUACCCCGGAGGACCGCCGUUGUUGUGCAGGACGCCGUCUGUAUCUAGUCAGAGCAGUCUGGAUAGUACUGCGUCAAAACAGGGUGGAGGCAACAAUAGCGGAAGCCACCGAGGCUCCUCACCAGCGAUCCGAACCUUCGCCCCAGAUGGGGGCCGUCAACACCCGGAAGCAGGACACGCGAGCAGUUACCCCAUAGGCGGAAGUGGUGCUUGCGGGACAGGAGGCAACAGCAGAUCACCGUCGCCCUUAAGGGCUGCAUCGCUGGACAUUAGAUGUGGAUCGCCUGCUACGACGGUUCUGCAUGAGCUGAGGACGCCUAGCCCGUCGCAGGCCAGCUUAGCUUCGCUGACAGGUUCUCCAAAUUCGUCGUGCAAUUCUCCAGUACCAGCGUCUCCUCGUACAGCGACUCUAAGUCGUUGUCUUUCACCACUGUUGAUCCACAGCACUAGGAUGGCGUCCUCGGAUUCAUACACGACAGCACCACCUGCAAGCCCCCUUGGAGCAAUACAGCCUGAUUUGUACGUUAAGAAAAACGGACCCCUUUUUAUAGGUGGAAUAGCUGGAAAAAGUAGUAGUGCUGGACUGGGAAGACUACAUUUUAGAUUAUCGUAUGAUUUUGACAAGAGCGAUUUUAUAGUGCACUUGAUUGAAGCUCACGACUUAGCUCCUUGCGACCAAGGAGGAUUCACAGAUCCUUAUGUUCGCGUGUCGCUGCUGCCUGAAGUGGACGCUAGAAAACGUCAGACAUCCAUACACCGCAACAAUCCAAAUCCCUUGUUCGAUCAAAUGUUCAAGUUUCCAGUAUCACACGAAGAACUUCAGUUUAAGACGCUGGUCCUUCAAGUGUUCGAUUAUGAUAGGUUUUCGAGAAAUGACAUUAUUGGUGAAGUAACGAUGAACCUAAGCGACGUCGAUAUAGCCAACAGCAUAGAGAUUUGGGGAGAGAUAGCAAGAACCAAGAAGCCUAAAGAAGAUAUCCAAGAAGUGCUGAUAUCCUUGAGUUAUUUGCCAUCUGCCGAACGUGUUACUGUAGUUCUAUUGAAAGCUAGGAAUUUGUUUUUGUCAGAAGCGAAAGAAUCACUUGAUCCGUUUGUGAAGGUUUACCUACAAGUGAAUGGUAAGAGAGUGAAAAAGAAGAAAACUGCAUCAAAGAAGGGAAGUUGUAAUCCAGUAUGGAAUGAAGCACUGACUUUUAGCUUGUCUUCAAGUAACGUACCCAAUGCUGCCAUAGAGGUACUAAUUUUCGACCAAGGUAACGACCUAAUAGGCACCAAUCCCCUGAUAGGUAGCUGCGUGAUAGGGCCUAAAGAGAGCGGCCCCGAAAGAGACCACUGGAUCGACAUGAUGCACAGUCCAAGAAAGGCUGUUGCCUGUUGGCACACCGUCAGGUAAACGAUGCCGACGGAUCUAGUUGGCCAUUCUGACAACAACACGCUCAAAUCAAAUACGCUAUGCCACAACACGUAUAACGUUGUUUGUUGAUAUGUAUACGUAUUGUGAACGAUCACUGAACAGACAAGGAUAUGCUAUUUAAAAAUGUGCAAAAAAGUGUCCACUGUCGGAAAUGGAGGGAUCCUAGAGUAACAAUUAAAUUUUCUGGAAAAAUGGUGUCAAGUACAUUGACUCUAUA